AGCAAUUUAAUAACUGACGGCUUAAGUCCUUGAGGGAGGGAAGGAGAGAGCCCAAUGCUGCCCCCAAUUCCCUAGAGACAGACUUUUGGUGCCUGGCAUGCCUAUCUGUGUGCAGCUCUUUUGAGGCCAAAGGAUGCUCUGCAGCUAGUUGCUGGGGCUGUCCCACCAUCUCCAGCUACAGCUGGGCCAGGAACAAUAUCAAGAAUGUAGCACCACUGGGCUGAGGGCUAGAGGGGCCAUCUGAAGCCGAGCAAGUGGAUCCCCAAAGCGAUCAGGGGCCUCCUAGGGAAGGGUGGAACAGGUUGAGGCUCUGGGCUGGCCAUGCUCUGGGUUACAGGCUCCUGAGGCUGCGGGGGCAGAGCUGGCCCCAGCUGUGCCUGGGAGGAAACAACAUCAGAAAGGAAAAGCUGAGUGGAGAGAGGGAGGAGAGAGGCAGCCCCACCGUUCAGAUGCCAUCAUUCUGCCAACGCUAUCCUGAUGCACGGAAGAGUCCUGGAGACACGGCUGUCACCCUUGGAGCCCCCAGACUAAGGGGGAGCCAGCUCUGUGUCCAGAGGGUAAAGGAAGGCCGGCCAGGAUACCCUGUGUCUCACAUGGGCUGAGAGAUGAGCAGCUGCAGAGGCUGUGGGAGAGGCUGAUGGACGGGGCGAGGAGGCAGUGCAGAGGAGAAGCUGGGGCUACAGCACGGUGCAGAGACUGUAGCUAACCAUCCAGUAACCGAGCAGAAGAGAGAAUAGAGCUGCACUUCUGUUUCCGGCAAGAGGAGGGAUAAAGAAGCAUUCAGCCUCGAGGAGAGGUUCAUGAGACAACAUAAGAAAACAGCCAGAACAAGAAAGCCUUAAAAUAGCUUCAGACAUGCCCACCGCCGUCUCCCCGCUGCCACUCACCACGUCUGAGAACAGCAGCUUCGUCUACGACUACGACUACUCGGACGAUGGGACCAUAUUGGUGUGCAGGAAGGACGAGGUCAUGGUCUUUGCCAGAGUCUUCCUGCCUGCCGUCUAUAGCCUGCUGUUCGUGCUGGGCCUGGCUGGGAACCUCCUUCUUCUGGGGCUGUUGCUCCGCUGGGGGCCUCGAAGACGGGCAACCGAGCUUUACCUGCUGAACCUUGCCGUCUCCAACCUCCUGUUUGUAGUGACAAUGCCCUUCUGGGCCAUCUCUGUGGUCUGGCACUGGGUUUUUGGCAGUUUUUUGUGCAAGGUGGUGAGCAUGAUCUACACUAUUAAUUUUUACUGUGGAAUCUUCUUCAUCACCUGCAUGAGCCUGGACAAAUACUUGGAUAUUGUCCACGCUCAGCCCCUCCACAGACCGCAGACCCGGGUCAGGAACCUGCUUCUCACUGCCGCAGUAUGGACCACGGCCCUGGCCAUCUCUGUCCCAGAAGCGGUCUUCGUGCGGGCCCACCAGACCAUGGAUGGUGCGUGGCACUGCUAUGCGGAUUUUGGUGGGCAAGCAACCGUUUGGAAGCUCUACAUGCGCUUCCAGCAGAACCUUCUGGGCUUUCUCCUCCCACUCCUGGCCAUGGUCUUCUUUUACACCCGCAUUGGUUGCGUUCUGGUCAGGCUGAGGCCGCCAGGCCAGGGCCGGGCUUUGAGGAUGUCCGCAGCCCUGGUGGCGGCAUUCUUCCUGCUGUGGUUCCCGUACAAUCUCACCAUGUUUCUGCACUCGCUCAUGGACCUGCGUGUCUUCGGGAGCUGCGAGGUCAGCCACCGUCUGGACUACACCCUGCUGGUGACGGAAAGCCUGGCCUUCUUCCACUGUUGUUUCACCCCCGGCCUGUACUGUCUCUGCAGUCGCCGCUUCCGCCAGCGUCUGAAAGCUUUCCUGGCCGCGGUGCUGAGAUGGCACCGGGAGCCCGGCACUGCCCAGGCCCCUCCGUCUAGCUGUUCCGAGAGCAGCAGGGUCACUGUCCAGGAAGACAUGGCCAGCAUGAGUGAUCUCGGGGAAAGGCAGGCUGAUGAGUCCCUUAGCAAGGCGGGUGUGGGCAACAGUUAGGCCGAGUGUCCGUGCCACAGUCUGGGACUGGCACCACGCUCUCUGACGGAGCAUGGCCGUGUUGCCUGGCCAGUGGUUCACCACCACCUCCCCCUCCAUCUGCUUCCAUCACCUGUGCGUCUGCGGCUUCCUGGGCCCCGGCAGCCAGUGAGGUCAUCCCACUCUUGAUUUUCAUCCCCUCAGGGGCCAUUUGGUCAGUCUGUGACCUCAUCUCCAUUGCCCCCUCCUGCUCCCUGUGUUCAGGGCACACUGGCUUCUUGUGUUUCUGGAGCUCUUCAUGUUCAUUCCCUGGAGGAGCUCAGCGCUGUCAUCUCCCUGGGCAUCUUUCUUCUCAAGACCUGCCCUUGUGAAGACUUUGGCUCAUUCCUUCCCUUCUGGGGGUCUUGGUUCGAGUCUCACGCUGCCGGUGAGGGAGGGCCCCACGCCCACCCUGCUCACUGCCCUGUCCACACAAUCGAUGACCGUGUGCACUCACCGCCUUCACUCAGGGCAAGGUUUCUGUCUGUCACACUCCCUGGUGGCUGCCUUAGUCUGGUCCACACAGGGGAGCUGCAGAGCAAGGCUCUCAGGGCCUGUGCGCGCCACGUUCUGUCCACCCACCAGGGCCCCUUUCUCUGUAGCUCAGGGGGAGUCCACCUCCCCGCCCUGGACAGCAGUCCAGAGUCUGUGGCCUGAAGGCACCGGAGGCGCUGCAGCUGGCAGGCAGCCCAGAGGGGCACAGCGGCAGGAAGGCAGGGCAUCCCAGUGUGGCUCUAAUCUUGGGACCUCCAGUCUUUCCUGGGGUCUGGCCAUCAGGUUCAAAGUUUUCCCUAAACGUUGUAAAACACAUUCUGUGGGGAAGGCAACCCCUGAACUCAUCCUGCUGGGAACACUGGAUAGCCACAUGUAGAAGAUGAAAACUGGAUCUCUGUCUGCCAUCCAGUACAAAGAGCAGUUAACAAUGGCUCAGAGACUAAUGCAUGACCCAGAGCUUUGAAUCCACGAGGGAAGAACACUCGGGAAACAGCUAAAGGCACCGUAGAGGCAGAGACUGUCUGAGCAGAGCGCCAAUAGCCCUGGGGAUACAGGGACUGCACGAAGUCGCAUGCUCCGUGGCACAGGGACAGUAGUCACGGCGAGGAGACAGCCUGCAGACCAUCUGGGCAGCUUGCACCUAACAGGGCCAAUAUCUGGUCUGAACAGGGAACAAAAGGUUGAUAAACUUAAAUAUCCAAUAAAAAACAAACAAACAAACAAAAAACAACGGGUGGGUAAAGGAAACCAACAUUUCAAAAGCAGAAGAGAUGCUCAGGAAAUACAUGAAAAUACCGCGCUCAUGUCUGUCACGGAAGCGCAAAUGGUUUCGCCCCAGCAGACCAGAGCAGUCACCAAAGAAGUGAGGAGAACAGCAGAGCCAGCAGCUCCAGCGACACCACACUGUGUGUCAUCACCACCAGCCAGGAAGGGCACAGCCGUCCAUGUCCAUCGGCUGAUGAAUGGUGUGCUCCACACACCAAACGCACCAGAGUGACAGCCUUGACGGAGAGGAGGAGGAGAGAAAGGAGAAGCUGGGAAGCAGCUUGAGUUCUGGUUCACUGAAGAGUGAGUCAGACUUAGAUGGUACCUCCUGUCUCUUCUGGUUUGUGGAAACUAAGACAAAAGAGAGCACACUUGAAAGCUGGAGAGA